UAUACAGUAGGCUAAAGUUGUCAUUUGAACCAGUUCUUUGGCACAUUUAUUUUCUUUAUUGACAACCAGCAAGAAAUGGCAAUGCACAAUGGACAUGCUCAGAAAGGAAAAGCAAAAGGCACUAUAACCAACUCAGGCAAACCCUAUAUGGAGGACUUCAAUGAGAGUUUCAACAAUGAAAACCUGCCAGUAGUUGAGGCAGAGGCUUUGAGAGGAAGGAAACAUAUGUCAGAGCCAGAUGAUGAUAUUGACAUCACCAAAGGAGGGGAUAUGAUGACCAUGUUGGACAGAUUUGGAGCGGACAUCAACAAAGCCUUCCUGGCAAAACGCAAACGUUUGGAAACGUUCACUAAGUCCUCUGUGAAGACUAGCCAUCAGAAGAUUGAGCAGUUAUGGAGGGUCCAACAAAGAGACAGGAGUAAAGUGACAGAAGAUUACUGCACCCAGUUCAAUGCAGUCUUCAGUCAGUGGGACACAGAUGUGCAGAAGUCCAAGGAUAAUGAGGAGAAACUACUGAGUAUGUUCCAGCAGAAGAUGUUUCAGCACAAGAGGGCCUCCCAGAGACUGAAGACUCUCAAGCAGCUGCUGGAGCAGUACAUCCAAAGCCUUGAUACCAUGGAGAAGACCCAUGUCAGCCAGCAGGGUGCUGCACAGGGCGAGCUGCGCCAGGAGAUGGCACUGUUUCAGAAAAAGAUUCUCAGUGACACACAACAGCAAGAGAUGGCUACAGUGCGCAAGUCUCUGCAGACGAUGCUGAUGUAGGAUCUUCAGAAUGCAGGGAGCUGAGAAGAAUCAACUCCAUCGAAAUACUUGUUGUGUGUACAUAUCUCUAAGCUGGGUUGCCUGUUCUACUUUAGUUUAUGGAUGUGUUUCAGAUAGAACUUUACAAUUUCCAGAUAAGUGUUAAACAUCUCAGGAAUCACAUCUACCUGAUCCAGUAAUCUG